AUGCAUAGGUUCAAUAAAGAAAAAUUGUUAGUGGAUAACCCAGGGGAUCAGGCGGUAUUAUCCGCAUUAUGGCAUGGAGUCAGGCCAAAUGGGCCUCUAAUGGCCGAAGUAUCAAAGAGUUCUACAGAAAUAACUCUUCCUGAGUUUAUCGCCAAAACAGAAGAGUAUAUUAAUCAGGAGGAAAUGAUUAAGGCUCUCACAAAAGGUCAGGAGGAAGAAGACCGGGAGAAGGAGGACGACAAAAAGGAGCCACCUAUAGCAUCUGCUCAGAAGGAAGAAAGGUUUCAGAAGAGAGUAGUAAAGAAGACUGUACCAUCAGUCCCAAAAACAGAACCCCGGCGGCGUGAAGAUCGAAGGUUCACACCUUUGAAUACUAGGGUCAACGAAGUGUUUAUGGAAAUCAGAAGAGACCCAGCUUUCAGAUGGCCAAAUAAGUUGCGGGGUGAUCCAAGGAAGCGAGAUCAGACGAAGUUCUGCGAGUACCAUAAUGAUCACGGGCAUUUGACAGAAGACUGUAUAACUUUGCGCCAGGAAAUCGAAACUUUCAUUAGAAAUGGAAGGUUAGUAAGAUUCCUAGCAGGAGAGAGGAACAGAGACGCGGUCCACCAACAGCCCCUCUUGUUGGAUGCCGACCAAGACGUAGGAGGACGAGAGCCGAGACGUGGUCAGGAUAAUGGACGCAGAGAAGAUCCGAGGCCCCCUCGGGAUCAAGGGGUGGUAGGAGAAAUCCAUACUAUUGCCGGAGGAAUAGCUGGUGGAGGACAGUCUAAUUCGGCCAGGAAAGCCCAUGCUAGGAAGACACAGACUGAGGAAGUCUUUACAGUGCAGAGACUAUCCAAAGUUGCAAAAAAGGAUUCAGUGAUCCUUUCUUUCUCUGAAGAGGAUGCUAGGGGGGUAAUGCAGCCCCAUGAUGAUCCGCUAGUCGUAACUAUAACAGUAGCCAACCAUAUGAUCCACAGAAUUCUGGUGGACAAUGGAAGUUCGGCUGAUAUACUGUAUUGGCCAGUUUUUAAGCAAAUGGGUAUCGAUCGUGAUAGGGUCACACCAUUUAGCUCUCCCCUGGUCGGAUUUGCAGGAGAGCAGGUCCAGCCGAUUGGUCUUAUUUCACUCCCUGUAACGGCAGGAACAGCACCUAAGUAG